AUGUUAUGCCGUUUCCCCUCCAUCCCCCCCCAGGCUCUUGCCAUGGCCGUGAUCCGCAAUGACGCGAAUCUCCCCAAAGACCUCUCGCUGCCGGCGGGCGCAGAGAAUAAGCGCCGUCUACUCCUGAUUUAUAUCCAUGGCUUCAUGGGCUCCGAGGCUAGCUUCCAGGACCUCCCCGCGCAUGUCCAUGAGCUUCUCUCCGGGCUGCUGGGCGAGUCGCAUGUUGUUUACACGAGGAUUUAUCCGCGGUAUAAAUCGCAUGGGGAGAUUCAGUCGGCGGUGGAACAAUUCAGUGCGUGGCUAAAACCUCACGAAGCACCAGACCUCGACAUAAUCCUACUCGGCCAUAGCCUAGGCGGGAUCGUCGCCGCAGAUGUCGCGCUGCUGCGGAGACAUCAGAUCCUAGGCCUGGUGAACUACGAUGUCCCGUUCUUGGGCCUACACCCGCGUGUCGUGCCAACGGGGAUUUUGAGCUCAAUGCCAAAGAAAGACGUCGCGCCCGAAGAGAAAUUGGCCGGCGAGCAGGAAUCGCUCGGCAUGGAGCCGGCGUAUAAGGUGCAACCGGAGCCGGAUCCGAAUUUCGAUCGGCCCUGGAGGAAUGAUGUCCGUCUUGCGAAUCGGGGGUUCUUUAAGAAUGUUAUGCACUUUGUUCAGAAAAAUACGGAUAAUCUGGCCCGCUCGGUUUUUGAUCGCGUGGUGUCCUCGGCCAAGUUUGCCGGGUGUGUGAAUAAUUAUUCGGAGCUUAGGAGGCGGUAUCGGGAGAUUAUGGAGUUAGAGAAGGAGGGUAAGGAGAGGGUGAGGUUUAUGAAUUAUUAUACUGCUAGUACUGGGAGGAGAAAGCCUGUGAAGGAGGAUGAGGAGAAGAAGGAUGGGAAAGAUGAGGAGGCUGAGAAAGAGGUGAAGGUUGAAGAGUCCCCCUCACAAUCGACAACGCCAACUCCCGAAGACUCAAUAGAGAAACUGCAUAUCUCUAAGCCCAGCGGCAAAGACGCAACACCGCAGCCAUCGCCAACAUCGCAAGAGCCAUCGACAGCUUCAGCUACAGCAACCCCCUCACCACCCGAACUGCCCCCAAAAAAGCCCACACCACCACCCCUCCCAGAACGAAACCUCCCAAUACCAGACCAAACCACACCAGAAACCUCAAGCCUGCACCUCUCAGAAAGCACCUCAGAAUCUGGCAUUAGCCUCGAGACCACCGAAAGCGGCGGAGAGAAGGAGCAAAAACUGCGCAAAUUCAUCCUCCUACCAAAGAACCACUGGAAAUACCACGACAACGCGCACUGGACGCCCGUGCUAAUGGAGGAUAUGGAUGAAGUCGAGGCGCACCAGUCGAUGUUUAUACCUUCUGGUGCGAAUUAUGAUCAUCUGGUUGGUGAUACGGUGGGGUUGAUUGAGAGCUGGGUGCAGGCUGAUUUGAGUGCGAGGGUUUUACAGGAAGGUCUGGAUUAG